AUGAUAGCUGUAAAUCAGUUGCCAUUGUCAUUUUGCUCAAGUAAUGGUUUUCAUGAUUUCAUGUCUGUAGUAGAACCAAACUACAAGCCAUGCAAAGAAGAAGCAAUUAAAACUAGAUUAAAAAUAUUAUCUUCAAAUAUUGAAGAACUUAUUAAAAACGACUUGCAAGAUGCUUCUAGUAUAUGUUGCACAACCGACUGUUGGACCUCGAUUUCACAGGAAUCGUAUAUUACAGUGACCGCUCACGUAAUUGAUUCUAAGUGGUGUGCUAAAUCAUAUACAUUGACUACACACGAAAUGGAUAAGCGUCAUACUGCGGAAAAUUUAUCAGAACAACUUAUAAAUACUUUUGGCAAAUGGGAUAUUACUAACAAAAUAUUAGCAAUAGUAACUGAUAAUUCGAAAAAUAUAACUAAUGCCAUUCCUUUGAUAAGUCCCGAAAUUUAUAGUGUUAAAUGUGCAGCACAUAGUCUACAACUUGCCGUUAAUUGUGUCUUAAAAAAUGAAAAUAUAGUUAAUAUAAUAAAACAAUGCAAUAAAAUUGUAGGGCACUUUAAACAUUCAACAUUAGCUAAAACAUCACUUGAAGAAAAACAAGAAUUACUUGGCUUAACAAAAACAACUUUACUUCAGAGUUGUAAGACAAGGUGGAAUUCUAUAUACCUUAUGAUGGAACGUCUCGUUUUGAAUAGAUGUGCAAUAUUCAAUGUUUUAGCAGAUCGAACUAUAACAUCUCAAUCUAUGGCUCAAAAUCUCGAAAUUAAAGAACAUGAAUGGUUAUUUAUCGAGUCGCUUAUACAAUUUCUUAAACCGAUAUAUGUCACUACAAACAUUUUUUGUACGGAAAAUAAUUCGUCAAUAUCAAUGAUUAGACCAUUAUUAAAACAAAUUAUUGAAAAACAUUUAAUGCAAUGUCAUGAAAAUGAAGAUACCAUUGUACAAACAUUGAAACAAACAUUAGCUUCAGAAAUUAAACGCCGCUUUUCGCUUGAAUGGGAUUCAACUGAAUCUGUAUUAUUAGAACAAAUUGCUUCAUUCUUGGAUCCUAGAUUUAAAGACUUAGACCACGAAGUAUUAUCUAAUCAUGAGGCAAUCCGCUCUAAAAUAAAACAAAUAAUCAACCAAAAUAAUUAUCUCGAGCCCAAUGAAAUAACUACAGCUUCUCAAGAACAACAAAAUAAACAUAGAAGUGAUCUUGAAUAUAUAUUUGGAAUCAACAAUGAAGAAAAUGAUCUAACAAAAGAAUUUCAAAACUAUUUAGCAGAACCGCAGUUGAGAUUUACAUUAGAUCCCUUAGAGUGGUUGAAAACACAAUAUUCAAAAUAUCCGACAAUAGGUAAACUUGCUAAAAAGUAUAUGGCAAUUACUGCAACAUCAGUGAGUGCUGAACGUUGUUUUUCAACUGCUGGUAAUAUAGUCACCCGAAAAAGAGCUUCCUUAUCACCAGAAAAUGUAAAUUUACUUGUAUUUUUGCAUCAGAAUAAACGGCUGAUGAUUUAAAAUUAAAACUAUCUA